GUGACGUCACGAAGAAGGCGUGGCCUGGUUGUCGUCAAACAAACAAACAGCAGCUGCUGCUCGAGACGCGAAGAAAAAAGAAACACAAAUUUGCAUCUGCGGGUUUCUGUCAUCGUCGAACGCCUCGAGAUGGUAGCAACGGAUACUCGUCGCGUUCCGGCAAACUGGUCCGGUCCCGUUGGGCCUCCGCGUAGGCGCUGACGAGCUCGGCCGGUUGGUCGCUUAGCUGCGUUAGCAUGCGGUGCUAAUCGGCCUCGGUGAGCUAGCUUUGUGUUCCAAUCUCGCCGGCAUCCCGGCAGGCGGGUGUAGCAUGAGCUUCUCGCCCGCCCACUUGCUCAUUCGUCCCAGGCUGCACAACGCCAAAUUUUGCAUUUGUAGACAAAACAAUCGGCACUGUGCAGGCUUUUGAUCUCCGAGGACAUCGUUUGAGAGAAAUGAUGGAGCAUCCUGCUUUGUCGGGCUUGCAAUAGCGAGAGAGAGCCCGCCCGCGAUCCCAGUCUCUUUGUGAAUUCUUGAUCUUAGCUUAGCCAGCAUCUCUGUCGAUUCCUGCUAAGCUAACUGCACAUUCGUGACCUUGGACUCGUCGUCAUGGACGCCAUCGUCUGGGGUGUCUUCUUGCUCUUCUUAACAGGAUGCCACGCCGCUUCUCAGAGGAACGAUAACGUUCUGGUGUCGGGCAUUUCCAACGCGUGCGGCGAGUCGUCGGAGCUCCUCCGAGCAUCCAGCGGGGUCAUCGCCAGUCCCGGUUGGCCAUUCCAGUACCCGACCCGCCUCAACUGUAGCUGGAACAUCAGAGGCCGACCCGGUGACAGGGUCACCAUCAGCUUCCAGGACUUCGACCUGCAGGGAUCACAUCGCUGCUCGUCGGACUGGAUGUCCAUCAGCAGCUACAAGAACCUAGACGGUCUGCGCGUAUGUGGCUCCUCGCUGCCACCUCCGUACAUCUCCUCGCAGGACCACGUCUGGAUCCAUUUCCGCUCUGACGACGCUCUUUCGGGAAAAGGCUUCCGGCUGUCCUACGUCACAGGUAAGCCGGAUGUUUCCAGCUGCGACGUGGACCAGUUCCACUGCUCGAACGGGAAAUGCAUCCCCGACUGGUGGCGUUGUAACUCUAUGGAUGAGUGUGGCGACAAUUCGGACGAGGAUCUGUGCGUGGACUCACCGUUCUCCUUCCAGCCGUGCAGCCUGGACCAGUUCCCGUGCUUGUCCCGCUACACGCGAAUCUACACCUGCUUGCCUCACAGCCUCCGUUGCGACGGCAGCAUCGACUGCCAGGACCUGGGCGAUGAGAUCGACUGCCAAGUGCCCACCUGCGGGGAAUGGUUACGCAACUUCUACGGCUCCUUUAGCUCUCCCAACUAUCCUGACUUCUACCCUCCGGGGAGCAACUGUACCUGGCUGAUUGACACUGGAGACCACAGGAAGGUCAUCCUGCGCUUUACCGACUUUAAGCUGGACGGCACCGGUUAUGGCGACUACGUCAAGGUGUACGACGGUUUGGAGGAGAACCCUCGGCGCCUUCUCAGGGUUCUGACGGCCUUCGACUCGAGGGCGCCGGUGGCCGUGGUGUCGUCCUCCGGGCAGCUGCGUGUCCAUUUCUACGCCGACAAGAUCAACGCCGCCAGGGGCUUCAAUGUCACCUACCAGGUGGACGGCUUCUGCUUGCCCUGGGAGGUUCCCUGCGGGGGCAACUGGGGAUGCUACACGGCGCCACAGCGCUGCGACGGCUAUUGGCACUGCCCCAACGGCCGCGACGAGCUUAACUGCUCCGCCUGUCAGGAGGACGAGUUCCCCUGCUCCCGGAACGGAGCCUGUUACCCGAGAUCUGACCGUUGCAACUACCAGAACCGCUGCCCCAACGGGUCUGAUGAAAAGAACUGCUUAUUCUGUCAGCCUGGAAACUUCCACUGCAAGAACAACCGUUGCGUGUUUGAGUCGUGGGUGUGCGACGCCCAGGAUGACUGCGGCGACGGCAGCGAUGAGGAAAGUUGUCCCGUGGUGGUUCCAACCAGGGUGAUCGCGGCUGCCGUGAUCGGCAGCCUGGUCUGCGGCCUGCUGCUGGUCAUUGCGCUGGGCUGCACGUGCAAACUCUACUCGCUGCGCGUUUCUGAACGCAGGUCCUUCGAGACGCAGUUGUCCAGAGUGGAGGCAGAACUACUGAGGAGGGAAGCCCCGCCCUCCUACGGUCAGCUGAUUGCUCAGGGUUUGAUUCCGCCUGUGGAGGAUUUCCCCGUUUGCUCUGGGAGUCAGGCAUCAGUUCUGGAGAACCUGCGUCUGGCCGUGCGCUCUCAGCUGGGCUUCACCUCGCUUCGGCUCCCUUCCGCCAGCAGUCGCUGCCGCCGAGGCCUGUGGCGCAGCCUCUUCAACUUCUCCCGGUCUCGCCAGUCGGGAUCUCUGGCUCUGGUCUCUGCCGACGUCGAGGACAGCGGCGCUACCGCGAGUUCCGCAUCGGACCCGCCGUCCCCGGAUUCGGACGACACGGACACAGAAAGCGAGAGGGUGAGGGAGCGCGGUGUCGGGGCGGCGGGCGGUCCUGUCGCCCCCCUGCCCCACAAGAGCGCGCCCGCCACUUCAGUGGGGGCCACCGUUUCGUCGACGGCUUCUGUGACCCCCGCCAACCCGCCAGCCGGCAUUUGCCGAGUCCAAAAUGCUCCCGGCCAGGCCACGGUCGCUGUGGAAACAGCCGAUUCAGACGCGGAAAGUCACGGUGACUCAUCCCGGCUCCGAGCCCCACCCGCCUCUACCCUGCACCGUCUGACCCAAAAUCUGCACCGCCUGGCCAGGAACAUUAUGACUUCAAGUCGCGUCCAGCAGAACCAGACCUGGGGCAAUCACAGUCCGCUACGCCAGCUCGAUACAGGAAGGGGGGCGGAGUCAACUGAGCAGCAGCAGAGCGCAGACGAAGAUGACGUGGAGCUUUUGAUCCCGGAGUCGGACUCGUCGUCGUUUGGCGACGUCCGCCAGCCGCUCCUGGACCCACAGCCUUCGCGUCCGUCGCGCCCGUCGCGCUCCUCUUCCACGGCAGCUCAGAAGGCGCGACAUCAGGAUGCGAGCGGUCCGCGGGACGGACCCUGCGACUACUGCGGGAAAGUUCACACCGCUCAGAUCCCGGACAGGUGUCUGGAGGUGGGAGGCAAGAUGGAGAGCAGCGACGACGAGCUGCUUCAGCUAUGCUAACGGGCUUGAAGGCUAACCUGCUGCCUAAACCGGCUAAAGGGACCAUUGUGAGAGUGGCGGCGGCUCCACGCUCUGUCACUAACCUCGCCGUGCUCACAUCGCCAGCACCGGUGACUGAGAAUGACAUUGCCGACCCGCUGUGUCCCGGGCCUCGUGUUGAUUGCCCCCCCCCACCACCACCCACCCACCUCCGAUCAGCUGACCUGUCAUUCAUUCUGUCCUUCAUUCUCCAAGGACGUUCAGAGCAAGAAACACACCUUUGCAUCUUGAUGCUGAAUCCAAUCAAUGCGUUGGUGUGGAAAAAUUGCUUUCAUCUCCCCAAAUCGUGAAGCGGUGUCAACUUUUGCAGAUAUUAUUUCCAUAGAAAAAGGUCCUCGAUGUCAUGGGUAUUUUUUUUUUGUCUUCUCGGUUUUGGUACCUUGGCUAUUUAUUGUUAGCGUUCUUCUAAUUGUGGUGUUCUCUGACCUGCAUGAUUACUUGACGUUUUUUCCCUUUGGUUUUUCAAACUGACUUAUUAAAUUUUGAAAUGCCGCCUUU